AUGAGUCUCCCGGAAGUAGUGGUGGACCCGGAUGAGGUCAAGGAGCUGCUGGUGUCGCAUCUGAGGACGAAAAAGAUUCUACGGGACGGUGUCCAGCCGUGGACGGUCGGUUAUUCGAGGCUCGGCGGUCGUGGCCUGUUCGCCACCAGGGACAUAAAGGCGAACGAGCUGAUCUUCGUGGAUUCGCCACUGGUGAUCGGGCCGAGAUGCGUGGUCAAGCAACAUCUUCGUAUGUGCGUGCGUUGUUACAAAACCGAGUGCCCGUUGUUUCCGUGCGAUCGGGGCUGCGGACUACCGGUAUGCUCGACGCGUUGCGAGAACUCGCCGGACCAUGCGGACCGCGAGUGCGCGUACCUGAGGUCGUUGGUACCCAGAUGCGGGACCGACUGGUCCUUGGAACUGCUGCCGACCGUGAUACCGAUACGGGGACUGUACAUGACGGAAGAGCAACGGAAAUGCUUUGCCGCGUUUCAGUGCGACCAGACCCUCACGCCUUGCUAUGAGAUCGAACUGCUUCAACGGAAUGUAACGAAUCCGCCGAGCGAGGAGGAACUGAAAUUAAUGAGACGCGUUUGCGGUGCGUUCAACACGAACGCGUUCGAAACGGUCAGCGUCCAGGAUAAGGAUCAUUCCUCGAGCUUACGCGGCCUCUAUCCCAUGGGGGCACUGCAGAACCACUGUUGCGCGCCGAACACAAGACAUCAUUUCGACGGCGAACAACGUCUGUACGUGAACGCCUCGCUACCGAUCGCAGCCGGCGAGGAGCUGACCAUGUCGUACACGAGCCUGUUCUGGGACACCACGCUCCGCAGGCAAUUCUUGAACGUCACCAAACAUUUCGCCUGCGCGUGCAAACGAUGCAGCGACCCCACGGAAUUCGGAUCUAGAUUAGGGGCACUCUUAUGCGCGUCCGACCACUGUUCCGGAAACCUUUUGCCCCGAGACCCUCUCAAUAUGACAUCCCCCUGGGUUUGCGAUAAAUGCUUGAUGACUAUGCACAACCGACAGAUAAGUUCGAUUCGUUCCGGCCUGGCAGCUAUAAUGGAGGAAGCCUUAUACAAGACACCGCGUCAGAUUUACAAAUUCAUGCAGAAGGAACUCUCAAUAAUAAUGCCAGCCAAUAAUUAUCUCAUUAUGGACAUAAAAUUCCGAAUAAUUUCAUAUUAUGGUAGAGCUGAGGGUGUUCAAUGGCCAGAUUUAACAAUCGCUGAGCUUGAUACAAAGGUGAAAUACUGCAACGACUUGCUGUCUAUCUUAAACACAUUAAAUUGCGGUGACUGUAAAAAGAAAGGUCUUAUUUUGUAUGAACUGUAUUGUACAAACAUGGAAAAGAUGAGAAGACUACGACAACAGCAAAACAUCAGAAACGAAGACGCACAUUUGCCUGUACAGAACAAUGAAAACGAGCAUCUGUUGGAGAAAGCAAUGACUAUACUACAAAAUGAUGUUGUUGCAGUUGUUACCUUCGAACAUGACAAACAAUUUUUUAAACAAUGCUAG